AGCGCCGCCCCCGGGGUCCUCCAUCGAGCUGCGUACGCGUCCCUACCUGAGCGCCGCCUCGGGCGCCCUCCUCUGACCACCGCCACGGCGUCCCUCUCCCGCCUACUCGCAACGGCCUCCAUCUCGGCGUAGGACCGCCCGACCGGCCUCCUCCAUCCUGACGGGUUUGUUCCCUAUGCUGUGGCUGAUGGAAACGCGUAAACGGAGAUUUUUCAGUAACAAGAUGGCGCAUACCAAAGGCACAAAAGAGGGAAGAUGAACCUACUGAAAACUGCACAUUUGGAAAUUAGUCUUAGGCUGGAUCAAGAGGUAUUCGAGAAACAAAAGAGGCCGAAUCAAGAUGGACAUGGCAGAGCCCGUAUCCUAGGCAUCAAAAACGCCUGUGCGUUGCAGAGGGAGAGAAAAAUAUGCAGUCGUGGAGCAGCACAAAAACCAGCGAGGGAGAGUUCUCAUUCGAGCAAAGUCAAAAGCAAAAUGGUUGAUGAUUCAUCGGAUAAGUCUUCAGAACAGGAUAUCUGUGGUCUGUCUCUGUCUCUCUAUCCGCCUAUCCACGGCCAUGAAUGCCGCACUUCUUGGAAGGCAUUCCGGAUUACAAGAUGAAUGUGUGUACCAAUGCUUUCAUUUUUAUAUUGUUUGAAAGCGCAAACCCAUGUUGCCAACACACUAGUCUUGUGCUAAAUAAUGUUUCGCCAAUGAUGUCUGAGAGUUGAAUAAUAAAACAUCUAGAAGUUCAAUAAUAGACAUCAUUAUUGAAAUAUUUUAAAUUUAUAGACCCGAUAAUUGUUGUUUUUUCACCA